GGAAUAACGUACAAGUAGCAUUGCUGGGUGUUGAUCUAUGCUGGUGCUUCAAGGUUGCAGGUGCCGCAGUUCUCCGGUUGUCCCGUACACUGCCAGUGGUGACACCGAACCCCAGGAACGAAGAAAGAAACGGGGCCCUGCUGCAUGGUAGUCUACCGGCAGUCAGAAAGCCCAUCGCUCCACUGCGUUGACUCGCUACGAUUCCCACCACCUCUUCCUCUUCCUCAACCUUGCCCCCCCCCCGAACAAAAGAUACGACGAGCAAGGCAGAGGAUAACACAGAGGAAAGGAGGAAACAAGAAGUUCCGUCACAGGACCCAGUGUGUUCAGCCAUUCAUAGGCUCCCUUGGCUGAGCACGCUCUUAGCGUUGCAGCAAGCGGGUACAGAGACAAGUGUGCUCUAAAGAAUCACCGAAAUAAGGAGCAGGCGGGAAGGAAAAAAGAAGAAAAAGAAAUAACCCCCGGAAGAGAAAAAGAAAGAAAGAAAGAAAGAAAGAAAGGGGAGUUGGAGUUUUCUGUGGCUAUCGGAUCAUCUGUGGCCUUCUUUCGUUCUUCCUCUUAUAUUCCACCACCUCUGUCCGACAUCUCACUCAAACAGGCAGACCCUAGACCUCGGUGUCUAUUUAUCCUCUCCCCCCUUCGAUACCGUAGUGUACCGGAACAAUUCUCCCACGAUGAACGGUUUCGAACUCGCUUCUUACAAGGCAUCGACUAUGCGUAGCGAUAUCACCACCAUUUAUCACCCCUCCCCUCCCCCAUCGCUAGCCGGCAAUGUCUCCUCCGGAAACACCCCCGGAUAUCGCCAAUCACCGCCAGUCCCAAUAGACAAAACAACUUGUAUAGCUCUUGUCACAAACGCCCUUAAAGAGGCACGGGAAAAGAACCGGGAGGCUGAACUGAAGGGGAGGGGCAACAACUCACCCGACUUGGGUGCGCAGCAACUAUUCUACCAGCGAUCGGGAGUGACGAUUGAUUUGAGCCAUCAAAAAAUCUCAAACAUUCCACUAGAGGUGAUUGAGCUUAUUAAGGAUGAGAUUGAAAGGUCAGAAAACAGAAAUACUCCGAUAACCCCAACCACAAUUUACACAAGACACACUCCCUACUUUUUUGACUGCGUUUACGCUAUGAGUCUAGUGGUGGGGAAUAGGCCUGCCGGGGAAACGUGCCGGUAUUGCUCAGAAAAUAAGGAUUCGCUAACGUCCUGCCUUCCAUGUGCGCACCCCUUGCAGAUUGGCCUUGGCUCAUAAUCAAUUGACUUCGUUCUCGGAGGAAUUCUCAAGUUUACCUCGCCUUCGGUAUCUAAACCUCCGAUCCAACUUCCUUAGGGAGUUCCCAUUGCCAGUACGAUUGCUCACUCUCGGCUUGCGUGCUUAAGACCAACAGCUGACAUUCGCACACAGCUCACCAAACUGCCCUCACUCGAGAUAUUAGACGUUAGCCGAAAUCGACUACGAUCACUACCACAGGAUUUUGGGAAGCUCAUUUCAUUGAAGGUAAGAAAGUCUUGUUCAUACCUUACUCUCCAAGCGCAGCUAUAAGGCAUCGGAGAUACGUUGAAAUGCUUUCCAGGCUGAUUGAGCGAUCAAGGUUCUAUCAAUGUCAAAGAACAAGAUCAAUGAGCUGCCAACAUAUAUAGGGGAUAUGAACGAGCUCAAGAUACUAAAAUUGGAUCACAAUCCUAUACUUUUUCCACCAAAGGAUGUUCUGGAAAAUGGGGAAGCGGAUCGGGAUACAUGGUUAGAAACUGUUAAACGGUUUUUGAAAAAUCACGCCGAAAGGUCCAACCCAUCGCUGGAUACAGAGUCCGCGACCAGGUAGGCUACUCCUUUGUCAGCAAGGGGCAGUAACAAUAUUUAAUGCCAAGCAAAAAAAAUCGUGACUGACAGAUGACAUGUGAUUGGUUGCAAUUCUAGCAGCGACGAAGGUGGAGGUGACAAUGACUUUUCCUCGCUCAACACCACGGUGGCAAGAACCCCAAGCUUCGAAUCAGAAACACCCGAGCCCAGUUUGUCAACACUCAGACCGUUAAAGCCAGUGGGCGAAGUGACUAUGCCAGGGCCUAAUGGCCCCCAAAAAGGUAGCUUACCUCGAAGACCACAAAAACAGCCUACUCUUUCACCAUCACCAGCACUAUCCACACCUACUUUAACGAGCCCAUCUCAAUCACAGAUAAACUCCAGUGCCAAUUCCUCACAAACGGAAAGGUCGCGAAGUAACAGUGAAUCUACUGUUCAAGCCCACCGCGGUAACCGGCGCAUGGGCAUGCUGGGGCCGAGGAAAACUUCUAAUGUUCCGGCUGCCGAGGGAUUAAGAACUGUCGAAGAACAAAAAACUCUCAAGCACCAACGAGGAUAUUCUCACGAUUCCAUCAUAGAUUCCGCUCAGCGCUCAGCUCAUAUGGGGAAAGCAAUUGAUGGAAGCUCACGCAGCCCCACCGAUAAAGAGAGGCAACCAGGACCUUAUUUCCGGAGACUGUCAUCCUUACCAGAAAACAAACGUACAUCUCUAUCUUCUGCUCGAGUCGGUGAAGCUGCUCGGGGAAUAUUAUACGCCAUGUCAACGCUGCAGAGACCAAUUGAGCAGUAUGUUCAAUCAGCUGGAGAUCCCAACGGUAGCCCUCACCACAAGGUGGAACGGGUGCUUUAUAACGGGAACCUGCAUAUCGGCUCUCUUGUUGGUUCAUUGGAGGCCUAUGAGGAGAAGGAUGAUGAGACUGCGGUGGACAAGGUAGUGGAUACAUGUUGCGCUUGCCUCGCAGCGUUCAAGCAAGUUCUGAAUAUGGUUCAAUCUGACUCAAGAGAAAUUGGUGCCGGCAUGGUUGGCGCUGAUGCGAGAUAUAUGAGGACACUAUUGUUGAUGGUGUAUGGAUCAUACGUCGAGAUCCAAAGCUCGUAUGAUAUUAUUAAGCCAUUGAUUGUGGGGCAAUCGUCUGAUAGUACCUUACGUUCUCACAACCAGGGCAAUUUGGCAACCCGCUACCCGCCUAAUUCAAAUGGCAAUCUUCGGGUUAAAUCUGCAUCAACUGCUUCGUCUACAACCGCCAUUGCUACUUCCAUCGUUUCGAUUUCACAGUCAGCGGUAGCUCCACAAGCGUUGCCAACCCCUCGAGGCGACAUAUUCGCACCUCCCCCUACCCCGGGAUUUCAAUCUAAUCUUUCGCAUUCUUCUGAUGGAGGAUUUGACCAUGACGAGCCGUUGUAUGGCAAAUUCCAGGCUGCCACUGCCGCAGCACUUUCAACCCUUCCUAUCAUUGAUAGGGAAAUCAAAAUGGCUGUGACCCAGAAUCUACAACCUAGCACUACGUUGAAAUUACGAGAGGUUUCUUCACUUUGCGCCACAGGUGCGGAGGCAGCCAGGAGGCUCUCGAAAACCAAGUGGGAUGCCAUUCGCGAUGGUGACAUUGUUGAACGGAGGAAAUUUUGGGAAGAUACGAAUAAGUUUACUAAUGUUGGUUCCUCCCUCCUCGGGCUGUUUAAAUUGAGGUACUAACGAAUUUGUGUUUGAUCUAGCUCGUUAUUAGUAUCGCCGAGCUCAUCAAGUCAGUGACCCAAGAAUAUGCCUUUCCGAGACCCACUUUAGCCGCUGUGGGUACGGUAGUUCGACCAACAAAAGACCUUUAUAUCCUCAUGAACAGCUCUUCUUUCCGCCACAUGGCCGAAUCUCAGCAACCCUCUCCUCAUAACGGCGGAUCUCUCUCCCCAACCCCCUACUCCACCUCCUUUCCCUACCAACCUAUAACUGCUACCCCACUUUCUGCAGCCUUAGGGCAUGCUGCGCAAGCAACAAUGCCGCAAGGCUACCCUGUCCACGGCCCAAUGGGCAUGGGCGGUGCAAAUGGUUUUGGCAGCAGGAGUGCUACACUUCUUAGCCAAACCCACCCAACAAUGACCAGUGCGGUGGGAGAAAUAGGAAUGCAGUUCGGAAACGGCAUCAUGCCACCUGGUUUAAUGAGUCCUGGUGCAGUCCGGGACAUCAAGCCCCAGCAUUCACUCAAGUAGCUCAUUUGGGCCUGCUGCAUACCCCUUCCUCUUACCUUUACACCAUUCCUAAUUGACCAAGUCUUACCGAUUGAUAUUAUUAACCACCAUAUUACUUCGCAACUGUGCGACGGGCCGCCUCCGCCUAAUCACCCUUUUCUUUUGUCUCGUUUAUUUAUGCCUACUUGGUGUUGGAGUUUUUCUUUUCUCAUUUAUAUCACUAGUCGCUAGGCGUCGUGUUUGACCUUUUUAAAAAUAUUUCGGUGGGAGGGUGAUAUCUUUAGAUUGGGAUACGCAAAAGCGAUGAGGGUGUUAGAUAAUUUUCAAUGUUUAUUAUACGGUAUUCCCCCAGGAAAUGAGGAGGAUUCGUCUCUAUUCU